AUGCAGUCAUCAUACGAAGACCUGCAGCCAUCAUACCAAGAAAUGACCUCCACGAGGAAAUUCAAGUUCCGCAGGAACAACAUCCCACGGGUCCUCAUCCGAGGCUGGCACACAGGAACCGCAGCCACAACCCGGGGCCUCAACACCGACAGGGGGGUCUACCCCUUCGCAUGGCACUUCAAAGUGCUCCCGCCGGCGGCGGAGCCCGCCCCCGUCCCGCCGCCCCUGACCGACCUCACAAGGGGCGAGGUCAUCUCCCGGUCGGUGACCCACAUCAGCGGCGACAGAAGGGACCCCUCGGUCUUCACGUCCUGGACGGCCGACCUCCCCACGGCGGUGUUCUUCGCGCUGGGCGAUUUCGACCACUCCGGCUGGAUCGUGCACGCCGAACCCGGCCACGUCGCGGUCGUGGACCCCUCCCGGCCGCCGCCGCCGCUGCCCGUCGCCCACGCGGCGGACCUGGGCUGGGGCAGCCUGCCGAUGGAGUACCUCGUCCACGGCCCCGUCACCGAGGGCCUGCGCGUGGUGUCGAUCACCGCGAUCAGGGGCACCCUGAACUGCCCGCUAUUCCCCUUUUGCUACAACGUGCCGCGCGAGCCGCACCCCGUGACGGAGGAGGAGAUCCGCGACUCGGUGAGGGUCGGCCUCAUGUUCCUGAGCGCCGCCGACACCCACGUCGACGUGGCGCUCGUCAUCGCCGCGUCCCUCCUGUCCUGGGGCCAGGUCCCGGUGCGCAGCCCGAUCCCACUCAAUGAGGCGGACAUGGCGCGCAUCAGGCGGCAGCAGACCCGGCCGUGGCCGCAGGCCGACCUCGACACCAUCAUCUCCUCGAGGCUCCUGGUGCACGACGGGGCGUUCCCGCCCCUGAGCGGGGCUGCCCUGGCGAACCCCCUGACGAGCACGGAGGCCUGGGGGGGACGGCCCGCGGGCGGCGCCGGCAACAACACGGCCGGGGCGAGCCGGCCCCGGCUCACUCGCGAGCAGUGGGAGGCCGCCUUCAGGGACGCGGCGGGCCGGCACACGCCUCGUGAGCAUGAGUGUGGCCAAUUUGUCUGCAAAGGUUGCGGUAAGAGCCGUGCGAGGGAGGAGCCGCCCGACUAUAGUUUGCCCGAGACGCUCUUCCAUUGCUCAAAUCGUUGUGCAGCAAUGCAUGAUGUGAGGGGAGCCGUUGAUACUGCCCCAAGCCCCUGGUUUACUGCCCAAAACCCCUGGUAG